GCGGCCGGGAGCUGCAUGGGGGAGCGCGGGCCGCGCUCGGGAAGAUGCCCCGGCCGGAGCUGCCCCUGCCGGAGGGCUGGGAGGAGGCGCGCGACUUCGACGGCAAGGUCUACUACAUAGAUCACACGAGCCGCACCACCAGCUGGAUCGAUCCGCGGGACAGGUACACCAAACCGCUCACCUUUGCUGACUGCAUUAGUGAUGAGUUGCCGCUAGGAUGGGAAGAGGCGUAUGACCCGCAAGUUGGAGAUUACUUCAUAGACCACAAUACCAAAACCACCCAGAUUGAGGACCCCCGGGUACAAUGGCGGCGGGAGCAGGAGCACAUGCUGAAGGAUUACCUGGUGGUGGCCCAGGAGGCCUUGAGCGCGCAGAAGGAGAUCUACCAGGUGAAGCAGCAGCGCUUGGAGCUCGCACAGCAAGAGUACCAGCAGCUGCAUGCCGUCUGGGAGCACAAGCUGGGCUCCCAGGUCAGCUUGGUGUCGGGUUCAUCAUCCAGCUCCAAGUACGACCCUGAGAUCCUGAAGGCUGAGAUUGCCACCGCGAAAUCCCGGGUCAACAAGCUCAAGAGAGAGAUGGUUCACCUCCAGCAAGAGCUGCAGUUCAAAGAGCGUGGCUUUCAGACCCUGAAGAAAAUCGAUAAGAAAAUGUCUGAUGCUCAGGGCAGCUACAAAUUGGAUGAAGCUCAGGCUGUCUUGAGAGAAACAAAAGCCAUCAAAAAGGCCAUCACUUGUGGAGAAAAAGAAAAGCAAGAUCUCAUUAAGAGCCUCGCCAUGCUGAAGGAUGGCUUCCGCACGGAGAGAGGGUCCCACUCUGACCUGUGGUCCAGCAGCAGCUCUCUGGAAAGUUCGGGUUUCCCGCUGCCGAAACAGUACCUGGAUGUGAGCUCCCAGACGGACAUCUCAGGAAGUUUUGGCACGAGCAGCAACAAUCAGUUGGCAGAGAAGGUCAGAUUGCGCCUUCGAUAUGAAGAGGCUAAGAGAAGGAUCGCCAACCUGAAGAUCCAACUGGCCAAGCUUGACAGCGAGGCCUGGCCGGGAGUGCUGGACUCGGAAAGGGACCGGCUGAUCCUCAUCAACGAGAAGGAGGAGCUGCUGAAGGAGAUGCGCUUCGUCAGCCCCCGAAAGUGGACCCAGGGGGAGGUAGAGCAGCUGGAGAUGGCCCGGAAGCGGCUGGAGAAGGAUCUGCAGGCAGCUCGGGACACGCAGAGCAAGGCCCUGACGGAGAGGUUAAAGUUGAACAGUAAGAGGAACCAGCUGGUGAGAGAGCUGGAGGAAGCCACCCGACAAGUCGCAGCGCUGCACUCCCAGCUGAAAAGCCUCUCAAGCAGCAUGCAGUCCCUGUCCUCAGGCAGCAGCCCUGGAUCCCUCACGUCCAGCCGGGGCUCCCUGGCCGCCUCCAGCCUGGACUCCUCCACCUCAGCCAGCUUCACUGACCUCUACUAUGACCCCUUCGAGCCACUGGACUCAGAGCUGCAGAGCAAGGUGGAGUUUCUGAUCCUGGAGGGGGCCACGGGCUUCCGGCCCUCAGGCUGCAUCACCACCAUCCAUGAGGACGAGGUGGCCAAGACCCAGAAGGCAGAGGGGGGCAGCCGCCUGCAGGCCCUGCGCUCCCUGUCUGGCACCCCGAAGUCCAUGACCUCCCUGUCCCCCCGCUCUUCCCUCUCCUCUCCAUCCCCGCCCUGCUCCCCUCUCAUUGCUGACCCCCUCCUGGCUGGAGAUGCUUUCCUGAGCCCUCUGGAGUCUGAAGACCCAGAGCUGAGUGCCGCUCUCUGUGAACUGAGCCUCAGCAGCAGCACCCGGGAGAGGUACCCGCUGGACGAACCAGGAACGGAAGGCAAACCAUUGGGCCAAGCUAUGAAUACAGCCCAGGGGUGCAGCCUGAAAGUGGCCUGUGUCUCAGCUGCUGUGUCAGAUGAAUCCGUGGCCGGGGACAGUGGUGUGUAUGAGGCUUCUGUGCAGAGAUUGGGUGCUUCAGAAGCUGCUGCUUUUGACAGUGAUGAAUCAGAAGCAGUGGGUACAACCCGGGUUCAGAUUGCCCUGAAGUAUGAUGAGAAGAAUAAGCAAUUUGCAAUAUUAAUCAUCCAGCUCAGUAACCUUUCUGCUCUGCCGCUGCAGCAGGACCAGAAAGUGAACAUUCGCGUAGCUAUCCUUCCCUGCUCCGAAAGCACCACCUGCCUGUUCCGGACCCGGCCCCUGGACGCCUCAGACACCCUCGUGUUCAAUGAAAUGUUCUGGGUGUCCAUGUCCUAUCCAGCCCUUCACCAGAAGACCUUAAGAGUCGAUGUCUGUACCACCGACAGGAGCCAUCUGGAGGAGUGCCUGGGAGGCGCCCAGAUCAGCCUGGCUGAGGUCUGUCGGUCUGGGGAGAGGUCGACUCGCUGGUACAACCUCCUGAGCUACAAAUACUUGAAGAAACAGAGCAGGGAGCCCAAACCAGUGGGAGCCAAGGUCUCCACCCCAGGGCCUGAAAGCACGGAUGCCGUGUCUGCUCUGUUGGAACAGACAGCAGUGGAGCUGGAGAAGAGGCAGGAGGGAAGGAGCAGCACACAGACCCUGGAAGACGGCUGGAGGUACGAGGAGACCAGCGAGAACGAAGCGGCGGCCGAGGAGGAGGAGGAGGAAGAUGAGGAAGAGGGAGAGGAUGUUUUCUCUGAGAAAGCCUCACCUGAUAGGGACGAGUGCCCAGCGUUAAAGGUGGACAAAGAGACCAACACAGAGACCCCGGCCCCCUCUCCCACAGUGGUGCGGCCCAAGGACCGCCGGGUGGGCGCACCAUCCCCAGGGCCCUUUCUUCGGGGGAGCACCAUCAUACGCUCUAAGACCUUCUCCCCAGGACCCCAAAGCCAGUAUGUGUGCCGGCUGAACCGAAGUGACAGCGACAGCUCCACGCUGUCCAAGAAGCCACCUUUUGUUCGAAACUCCCUGGAGCGGCGCAGUGUCCGGAUGAAGCGGCUCUCGCUCCCCCCACAGCCUUCAUCGGUCAAAUCCCUGCGCGCCGAGCGCCUGAUCCGCACGUCGCUGGACCUCGAGCUGGACCUGCAGGCCACCAGGACGUGGCACAGUCAGCUGACUCAGGAGAUCUCAGUGCUGAAGGAGCUCAAGGAGCAGCUCGAACAAGCCAAGAGCCACGGGGAGAAGGAGUUGCCGCAGUGGUUGCGUGAGGAUGAGCGCUUCCGCCUGCUGCUGAGGAUGCUGGAGAAGCGGAUGGACCGAGGAGAGCACAAGGGUGAGCUCCAGACAGACAAGAUGAUGCGGGCAGCCGCCAAGGAUGUGCACAGGCUUCGAGGCCAGAGCUGUAAGGAGCCCCCGGAAGUGCAGUCUUUCAGGGAGAAGAUGGCAUUUUUCACCCAGCCUCGGAUGAAUAUCCCGACGCUCUCUGCAGACGAUGUCUAG